GACAUCAUUCAUUCACAGAUAAAAUUUUUCUUGUAUCUUUUUCCUCUGUACCGCUUAAAUUUCCUCCAUUCUCUCUCUUUUAUCCUUUUCCUCUGUACCGCUUAAAUUUCCUCCAUCUCUCUAUUCGUCUUCUGUUUCCUAUAUCGAUUUUUCAUCGAUUAUGAAACUCUAGAUCGAUUUUUCAGCGUUUGAACCAAUUCUUUUUUUAUGAUGAUUGGUUUCAGUUUCCUAUAUCGAUUUUUCAUCGAUUAUGAAACUCUAGAUCGAUUUUUCAGCGUUUGAACCAAUUCUUUUUUUAUGAUGAUUGGUUUCAGUUUCUAUUUUCAUCGAUUAUGAAACUCUAGAUCAUCGAUUAUGAAACUCUAGAUCGAUUUUUCAGCGUUUGAACCAAUUCAUUCUUUUUUGAUGAUGAUUGAUUUCAAUUUCUAUUUACCGAAAGAACAACCUUUUGAUCUAAUUGAUUUGUAUUUUCUUCCAUUUUUUAAAAAUUAGGUUAAAGAUCUGUUUUUUAAUCUAAAAUUGAUCUGGAGAACAAAUUUUUAGUUAACGAUAUUUUGUAUAGAUCUAAAUUGUAAUUCAUGUUGAUUUGAUUGAUAUAUAUCGAUCGAUCUAAUUGAUAUCUUUUUUCAUUUUUGUUUCUCUCCUUUUUAAUGAUGUUGAUCUAAUUUAUUUAGAUCAAUUUUUGAUCUAAUUGAUUUGUAUUUUCUUACAUUUUUUAAAGAUUUGAUUUUUUGAUCUAAUUGAUCUGGUACAGAACAAAUUUUUUUUUUUCAAUUUCUUUAAAUUUUGUUACAGAUAUGAAUUUAAAUUGUAAUGGGUGUUCAGGCAGAUGUUUUGUAUUUAAUUGAUCUUUUUUUUUCAUUUUUCUCUCUUUUUUUAAUCAUGUCUUUUUCAGAAACUCCCCCAUCAGCUCAGAGGCGAUCACGGCUCGGUCGUAGAUCGCGACAGCGCCGUUGAGGCAGCGGGGGAACAUUAUGCGGUUGAGAUUGGUGCGGCAGCGGUGGAGGUUUUGAGUUAUCGAAGCUGCAAUUCGUAGAUCUGACCCGUAGAUCUGUGCGGUUCGGCGGCGGUGGAGGUUUUGUUUCAUCGAAGCAUGAAACUCGCCCGUUGAGCCCGUAGAUCUCGUAGUUAAGAUCUGGAACCGUAGUUUUUUAUCUUCAGAAUGAAGUUUUUCGCAGCCUUUUUCAAUCUGAAAGGUUUAGGGAAUGCAGGAUUGGCGGCUGGCUUUGGAAGUGGCUUGAGGCCUGGCACGUUUGCCAAACACAAGAACUCCAAUGCAAAGCCGGAGAAGCAGAAAUCCUUGUCGAGAAGAGGGUGCCGUUGCGUUUGCAACUGCCCCGAAUGCAGAGAGAUUACUCAAUCUGUCAAUGCCAUGAGUGAACACUGGAAGACUGUUCACGGCUAUAAUGGCGACAGCUUUUGCUAUGUUUGCGGUAAUGCCAAUGUCAAUGGCCUUGCAUGCCGGUCCUAUGAGAUCUGCCAGGCACCAUAUGUCAAAACCGCUGCUCAGCGCAAGGCUUUGUUUGCGAAUAAUGCACGCAAGAUGAAACAAAAGUGGUGGAAGAAAGACUGAAGAGGAUGGAGAGUGAAGAAGCCUUUUUGAGUUACUGUUCUAAUCUUGUGAAUACUAAUCCUGUUUAGUUUCUAUCAAUGACUUUUGUAUCACUUCAAUGUGACAGUUACUAUGCCAAUCUUAUGAAUAUUUUUGAGUUA